ACAAUAAACUAUCUUGGGGGUUACUUUGAUCAAAUAUAAAUGUAAUUCAAACUUGAUUGUGAUUUUCAUUGUAACUCAAGUAUUAUAAAAUGACUAGUUCAACUUUAAAAUUGCUGAUUGUUUGUUCAUUAAUUGUCUGUUCAUUGGCUAUCGCCACUUUAGAUGAUAUUGAUCGAUCUGAUAUUCCUCAAAUAAUUGAAUCUCGUGGGUUCAUAUGUGAAUCUCAUUAUAUUGUAACAAGUGAUGGUUACAUUUUGGGUAAUUAUCGUAUUGUGAAUCCAUUGGCUUCCAAACAUUUCAAGGAACCAUUAAAACCUGUAAUAAUUCAAAGUGGAUUCCUUGGUUCAGCCACUGACUUUAUCAUUAACGCACCAACUGGUCAAAUAAAUGAACAAAUCCUAGCUAAUUAUACAGAUUUAGAUUCAGUUGACUUUGAAUCAGAAGGACAAAAUUUGGGUUUCAUUUUAGCCAAUUUAGGUUAUGAUGUUUGGUUGACCAAUCCAAGAGGUAACUAUUACUCGACUAACCACACCACAUUGGACCCAAAAGAAGAUGGCAAACAAUUUUGGUCUUUUUCACUCGAUGAAAUGGCACUGAUUGACCUACCAGCCAUGAUUGAUUACGUUCUCAAUAAUACUGGGCAAAGUUCUCUUGCUUACAUCGGUUAUUCACGAGGAAGUGCGAUCAUGUUUGCUUUACUUUCCGAGAAGCCAGAAUACUCUGAUAAAAUAUCACCUUUUAUAGCCAUGGCUCCACCAGUUUUCCUGAACAAUGAAAAAUCCUAUUACAGAGCUCUUGCCAGUUCAAAGUUCAUUCUCAACUUUAUCCGUGACCAUCCUGGUUCCUGCUUUGGUCGAGCUAUAACAGAUAUCGCAGGAAUAUGUAAUAAUUUCCUUAUUAAGCCUUUGUGUCACCAACUCGAGAUGAGUUUAUUAAGUAUUGAUAGAGAGACGAGCAACGCGACACGGAUCAACAUUUACCUUUCUCAUCUGCCAGCUGGAGCACCAUGUUGGGAUCUCAUCUAUUUUUCUCAGCGAAUCACCCAAGAAAAUUUCACUCACAUUGAUUUAGGUCCUGAUUUUAAUAUGAAGAGAUACGGAUCCAAGACACCACCUAUGUAUAAUUUAAGAAACAUUGUUAAUCAAGAUAUUUACAUAUUACAUUCAACUGGUGACAAAAGAGCCAGUCCAGUUGAUGUUCAAAAAUUGGUAGAUGAACUAGAAGUUUUUCCAGCUGAUAGGAUUACCAUUGAAGAUGAAAAAUUCAGUCAUCUUGAUUUCUUCCUGGAUAAAAAUGUAGCCCAAAGAGUCAACAAACCAAUCGCUAAAAUACUUGAUCGUUACAGAUCCACAUAAAUGUAAAUUCACACUUUGACAUUAAAUACUUUGAUCACAAUCUUUAAAAA